CAGGAAGUGCUUCUUGACAGCUAUCAGAGAAAGUGGAACACAUUGUCCUCUCUGCCGGGGGAGCGUGACUAAAAAAGAAAGAACAUAUCCCAAAAGGGCUCUAGAUGUUGAAAACAGUAUGAAGAAAGCUUCUGGGGGCUGUAGAUGCUGUGAGAAGCAGGUUAGAUUUUCGUGGAUGAGACAGCAUUAUAAAACGUGUAAGAAGUAUCAGGAUGAAUAUGGUGUUUCUUCUAUUAUUCCAAACUUACAGAUUUCCCAGGAUUCAACAGGGAACAGUAGCAGGAGUGAUGCAAUAUCUGAUAAUGGCGAGAUGGCUAAUAAUCAAAUACUUCAAGGAGAAACAAGUGGACAUCCAACCUUCAAAUGCCCCCUGUGUCAGGAGGCCAAUUUUACCAGACAGCGUUUGCUGGAUCACUGUAAUAAUAGACAUCUCUAUCAGAUAGUUCCAGUAAUCUGUCCUAUUUGUGUAUCUCUUCCUUGGGCAGAUAGUAACCAGGUUACUAGAAAUCUUGUUAGCCAUCUAAAUCUAAGACAUCGGUUUGACUACGGAGAAUUUGUGAAUCUUCAGCUUGAUGAAGAAGCCCAAUACCAAAAUGCAGUUCAAGAAUCCUGUCAUGUGAACUUUUAAACUAUAGCCCCUCUUCAUCUUACUGGUUAUCUGAGAG